UGCCAAAAUAAUCGCCAACGAGUAUUAUUUAAAAAUUUACUUUAUUUCUCUAGAAAACACUAUUUCGUGGAGAACUUCAAAAUGUAAACUCAAGCUAUUUCAAAGUGGAUUUAUGUUGCCAUCAACAAGUUGGGAUUAUGCACGUAAAUUCUGUGUUUUUCUUGGUGGAGCUAUUGUUGGCACGACUGUUAUAUUUAAAAUUUACAAUCCAUUUGCUCUAAUGAAAGCAGAAAUUGAAGAAGGAAGUGCUGAUAUUUUAAAAGAAUAUACGCCUAGAUAUGAAGAAUUGAGGAAACAAUUGGCAAGAGAAGUUGCAAAAAUUGAAGAAAGGAAGAAAAUUGCUUCUAAACUUGGUGUUAAUGAUACAGUCGUCGACAUAAAGAUAGGGACAAGAGUAAUUUAA